CCGUAUGAACCAGGGAAGAGAGAGUCGUUUUAUUUUAAUUAAACAACUGGUCAAGUUUGGUUAUAUCAACCGGAAAAUAGAUAAAUCUGUAAUGACAGAUAAUGAUGUCGUCUUGGGUUAUAAAUAUGGCAGAACUGCCAUGCUUAAGUCUGGAGGAAACAGAUUUUUUCAAUGAAGAUCUUGAUCCUGAUACUGAAUUCAAAAGUUUAACUAAAUUCAAUUUAGAUGAUUUUGUUGAUUCAAGUUUGAAUGAAGUUUAUGGAGAUAUUGUAAUUCCAACAGACUGUGAAAUCUCUAACAAAGGAAAUGACGAGAUAAAUGAAUUAGACCCGGAUAAUACAAAAUUUAAUUUGAUAGAUUUUGUAUGUAAUGAGGAUACAGAAUUAAAGGAUUAUAAUAAAAAAAUAGAUGAUUAUCAAUCAAGUAUAACUGACUUCAGAAAGGAUUUUCUAAAAAACAAUGAACAGAUAUUGAAAAGUGAAUAUUUAAAUAUCAAUAGUAAUGAUAAAAGGAAAUAUAUUUUACAUUCAGAUGAAUAUCAAUGGACUUUUCAAUCUGACAUGACAUUAAAUGCAUUAAACAGUGUUAAAAAUAUAAAUUAUUUAUCUAAAUAUUCAGAAUUGACUUUAAGUUCAGAUAUAAAAAAUAUGACAUUGCAUAAAAAAGAAUCCAAAACUCUUCAUAAACCUAUGUAUUCAAAAAAAUCAGAAAAAUUGGAUGUAAGUGAUGAUCUAUAUGAACAAUUUGAUGAUUCAUCAGAUGAAGAAAUUGAUGUUGUUACAGUAGAUGAAGAAAUUGAUGUUACAGUAGAUGAAAAGUCAAUCACUGUUGUACAAAAUUUUCAAAAGCUAACUAUGGAGAAUUUUUCAGUGAAGAAAUUUUUAGAUGAAAAUGAAUACUCAGGACCAACAAAGAGCAAAGCAGCACAAAAGAAAAGCCAACGAAAACAGAAAUCUAAAACAAGCAACAAUAUAAAAAAACCACCUCAAAAAUUUCUUGCUAGAUCACAAAUGAAAAGAAGACAAAAUGGCAAAAAAGACAGCAAUCAACUUCAAUUGAAUGAAAAAAAAAUAUUAUCUCCAAUUAUGUGCAAUAAAAAAAAGGAUCAAACAGAAAAUAUAAUUACACAAAAUAUGUAUAAAGGGAGCGAAAAUCACAAGAUUACAGACAUGUGUAAUACUUUUGAAGAAGAGAAAAAUAAGGAAACUUGUACAACUAAGAAAUUACACCAAAACAAAAAUAAACAGCAAGAAGAAAAACAUCAAGUUCAAGCUGCUAAUGUACAAAAACAAAGUAUAAAUGUAGCAUCUAGUUUUCGACAAAAUGAAGAUAAAUUGAAGUUAUCUGACAACAAGACAAAUGAAGCUAUUUUAAUUCAAUCUAAACUUUGUAAAAAAAUACUACAAUCAAAGAAUCAAGGGAAAAAUCAGAUAAAUUCAACUGAAAAUCUUGAAGGCAAUGUUUCAUCAAAUAUUACUCAGAAAAAGGAACCAAAUGAUCCUGACUUAAAAGGAUAUUUAAAGAUUAUAAAAGAUUGUCCAUUGGACAGUCCAAAACUUUUAAUUGNACAGAAAAACUAA